AUGGAGAAUAGUAAUGACAACAUGCCUUUCUGCAACAACAACGACGAGUUUGACAGCACCAUCAAUAAUCACCCACUCGGAAUCGUCAUGGAUAUAGAUGGCACAUUGAUUCGCGAAAGCCGUCAUCUGACGGGCAUUCGCAUCCGACCACACGUCGUAGAGUUUCUGGUUUGGUGCCGGCAACAAGGGCACCGUCUGGCACUUUGGACGGCUGGUGACAAGACAUGGGCAGACCGAGUGCUGAGAAAACUCUGUCCUCUUGUACAAGAAGGACUUGGAAACGGAGGAGUCCAUGAUGAUUGCCCACAUGGUUGCAGGUUGACGUUUGACUUUUGCUGGGGAGGAGAUCGAAUGCGCCAAGAACGGCCACUCGGCUACGGUGAGAUACUCAAAAGGAAACAGCAAAUAAGCCGGGGCGUUAUCCCCAAGAAUCAAUGCCAUUGGUGUGAAUUCUACAAAGAUAAUUGUAGGGCUUGUCAGUGCUACAUCGAUCCCAACCAGUGUUUUUGCCGAGGUUCCAAAGAUCUUCGGAAAGUGUGGUACAAUCAAGACGAGGAAACACUCCAGUUUCACAGGGAGCGAACGUUGCUGGUGGAGAAUAUGCCUCAGAACUGCCGCUAUAAUUAUGGAAAUGCCAUCUAUGUGCCAACGUAUCGCGGAAGUGCAGAGGACAGUGUGUUUGCAGCGCUCCAAGUGUACAUUGCUCAAGUCCUUGAACAAUACACGGACGUUCGGUAUGUCUGUAAGUGCCAUCAUCCCAAAGGGGCUCAUGCCUGCUUGGAACAAAGCUGGUGGAAUAAGUAG